UCAAUCUUCGAUUGGCGCAAUUCAUGACGACAUGGGCAAAGACGACAAAUCCAAGAAUUUCAACCUGAAGGUGCCAAAGGGCACACGAGACUGGACUGGCGAAGAUGCCGCUCUACGCGAUCGUCUCUUCGAGACCGUGACCACCGUCUUCAAGCGCCACGGCGCCACGACCCUCGACACACCUGUCUUCGAGCUGAAGGAAAUCCUCAGCGGCAAGUACGGAGAGGACUCGAAGCUCAUCUACGACCUACAAGACCAGGGAGGAGAGCUAUGUUCGCUGCGCUACGACUUGACAGUCCCGCUCGCACGAUGGCUUGCUAUGAACCCCAGCGUUCAAAGCUUCAAGCGCUACCAGAUUGCCAAGGUUUACCGUCGCGACCAACCUGCUAUGACAAAGGGCCGCAUGAGGGAGUUCUACCAAUGCGAUUUCGACAUCGCUGGCGCGUACGAUGCCAUGAUUCCUGAUGCCGAAGUCCUCAAGAUUGUCAACGAUGUCUUCAAGGCUCUUGGAUGGGAAGCAUACACCAUCAAGAUGAACCACCGCAAAAUCCUGGACGGCAUGUUCAAAGCCGCUGGCGUGAAGGAAGACCUAAUACGGCCAAUCAGUUCCGCCGUGGACAAGCUGGACAAGUUACCUUGGGCGGAAGUGAAGCAGGAGAUGCAGACCAAAGGCCUGUCCGCAGAAAUCGCAGAUCAGAUCGGCGAAUGGGUGCAACGUAAGGGGGGAGAUGACAUCAUUGAGUUCCUCAAGUCAGAUCCUGUGCUCUCGCAGAACGAGGAUGUGAAGAAGGGCAUUCAGGACAUGGAACUGCUAUUCGCCUAUCUGGACGCUUUCGACGCACGGAGCCACGUCUCGUUCGACUUGUCACUCGCUCGUGGUCUCGACUACUACACUGGUUUGAUCUACGAGGUCGUCACUGAGGGCUCCGCUCCCCAGAUCAAGGGCAAACAACAGGAGGUCGGCGUCGGAAGUGUUGCCGCGGGAGGUCGCUACGACAAUCUAGUAGGCAUGUUUAGCGGCAAGCCGAUUCCGUGCGUGGGUAUCUCCUUCGGGAUCGACCGCAUCAUAAGCAUUCUGAAAGCCCGCGGCGAAUCUACGCAGCGCGCAAAAGACGUCGACGCCUUUGUCAUGGCGUUCGGUGGCAAGGGCUUCACAGGCAUGUUGACAGAACGCAUGCAAGUUGCCCAAGAGUUGUGGGCUUCUGACAUCAAGACGGAGUUCUCGUACAAGCUCAAGCCAAAGCUGCCACAACAGUUCAAGCAAGCGGAGUCGGCUGGUGUACCGCUCGCUGUCAUCUUGGGUGAGGAGGAACUGAAGGCGGGCAAGGUCAAGAUCAAGGUCAUGGGUAUCACCGACGAGAGCAACCCAGAGAAGGACGGUGUGCUCGUUGACAGGAAAGAUAUGGUAGCCGAAAUCCGCAAACGGUUACCUGCUGCCAAUGGCGUUUGAGAACGCUCUCGGCGGUAAGACCAGACCAAAAAAAAG